CUGUAAUAUACAAGCUAAAACGCAAACCUAAUUUACCUCCAUACGUAAUAGAAUGUGCUUCUUGUCCCAAAUGAGUCCCAUGCAGCAGCAGGUAGUUUACAGUGAGGACAGCAGAUGGCACGCUGAGUCAGGUCUGCUGUGCAAAGGAAGGAGGGCUCGCUCUCCCGAAAUCAUUACACAUCCUUUAUCAGAAACCCAGCUGUUUGAUGGCGGUCUGGAAAAUAUUUACACUACGCGUUUCCGCUAAGAUUUAAAGCAGAACAUGUAGGCCUACUUUGGAGCAUAACAGUGCAGGUGAAAUUUGAUAUCCUAGUUCUUGAGUUCAGAUUAUUAUUUUUAUUUUUUCUUCAUCGUGUUCAACAUUUCGCAACAAGUUUAACAACUGCUGAAAAAUACGUUUCGUUUGCUAAUGCCGUGUUUGCAGUAGUUGAUGAGACUUAUUGCAAUACUUCUCGUUGUGCUCCAGCUGCUGCUCUGAUCAGCCAUUGUGGACGUAGGAAAGGGGGCAAGGUCUAGUUUAGUGCCCGCCGGCUACACUGUUAGCUGCAUGAAAGGAACUGCUGUAUGAACACUUGGAUGAGCCAUGAGGCUGCUGGCCCAGUACAAAUCGCUCAGUUUGCAAUCGGGAGUGGAUUAGUGUACAUGUCAUUUUGAUCCGUGUUUUUUUCCGAGGUUCUUUAAAUGCACUUUAUUUUACAUACUUUGACGCUAUUUUUCUGGUGCUCAAACCCCAAAAAUGAGCAGAUAGCGUGGCUACUUGUUGCAGAGGUUGGUGAUUUAAUGUAAGAGGAAGAGUAGGAGAGAACAGAAGAAGUCCAGCACUUUGUCCUGCCGGAGGAAGUUGUUUGGCUGUUUUUUGUCACCACGUCUUCAUCACUCCACAACAGCAACAGGAAGAUGGCACCCAAACAACCCUGGACUCAGCGCAUGAUCACUUUGUGGUCCUUACUCUGCCUGAUCCCGAGCAGCCCAGCAGCAGAUGUCCCCGAGGAAGAAGGCUUCAAUGCUGAGGCUUGGCUUCGUAAAUUCGGCUACCUGUCUCAGGCGAGUGGUCAGAUGUCCACCAUGCAGUCGGCUCAGAUUCUGUCCAAAGCCAUCGGCGACAUGCAGCGCUUCUAUGGCCUAGAAGUGACAGGAGAAAUGGACCCUGCUACUGUUGUGGCGAUGCGUCUGCCCCGCUGUGGCCUCCCAGACAGAACAGCAGAGGAGAUGGAUGUUGGUGCUAGAAAGAAGCGCUACACUCUCACUGGAAAGCAGUGGGACAAAGACCACAUCACCUACAGUUUAUUGAAAUAUCAUGUCUUGCUGGGUGAAGAGCAAACAUACAAAGCUAUACGCAGCGCCUUCAACGUGUGGAGACGGGUCACGCCGCUCACCUUUGAGGAGUUACCUGCUGACCACAACAAUCACAGCAUCAAUGGCAGCAAGUCAGAGCUCUCUGACAUCCUGAUGUUGUUUGCCUCUGGUUACCACGGUGAUAUGUCAUUGUUUGAUGGCGAGGGAGGGUCGUUGGCCCAUGCCUACUACCCCGGACCAGGAAUCGGUGGGGAUGUACACUUUGAUGAAGAUGAGCCUUGGACAUUGGAAAAUAAAAACCCAGAAGGCAUUGACUUUUUCCUGGUUGCGGUCCAUGAGCUUGGUCAUGCUCUGGGUCUGGAGCACUCUGAUAACCCCAGCGCCAUAAUGGCUCCUCUCUACCAGUGGACUCACACACACAACUUCUCCUUACACGAGGAUGACAUCAGAGGAAUACAGUACAUAUACGGUCCACCUCUCCCUACUGCUGCUCCACCCACCUCUCCUCCCCCCCGUGACAACGAUCCUGACGAUGACUCCCCCACCUCCUCCUCUCCACCCGAAGAUGAACCCACCUCAACUUCUCCCACCGACCCGCCCAACCGCAGCCCACAUCCCCCUGCCCGCCCGGACCCGAGCCUCAGCCCUACCUCACCUCCUGUCCUCCCCACCUCCACCUCCGCCCCUACCCAAUCUCAGCCUAACCCUGUCACCCCGUACGUCAGAAAAGAUGUCCCGCCUCCUCCGCCUCCUCCUCAGCCCCCUGCUCCUCCUCGACCUCCCAAACUGCCCGACAACCAGCCCCCUGAUAUCUGUGACGGGGACUUUGACACUGUGACCAUUCUGAGGGGGGAGAUGUUUGUUUUUAAGGGUCGCUGGUUCUGGCGUGUGCGGAGAAACCGGGUCUUGGAUAACUACCCCAUGCCGAUAUCUGUUUUCUGGAUCGGCCUGCCUAGCGACAUCGACGCAGCCUACGAGCGCCAUGAUGGAAAAUUUGUCUUCUUUAAAGAUGAUAGAUACUGGUUGUUCAGGGAGGCUGACGUCGUGCCGGGAUACCCACAGCCCUUACAUCAGUACGGACAAGGAGUUCCUGCACACAAGAUUGACACAGCAAUCUGGUGGGAGCCUAAUGGAUACACCUACUUCUUCAGUGGAGACAGAUACUGGCGAUUCAAUGAGGAGACCCGCACUACAGACCGUGACUUCCCAAAACCGAUAGAAAGAUGGGGCAGAAUCCCUCAUUCACCCAAAGGAGCCUUCCUCAGCGAUGACGGUGCUCACACCUAUUUCUACAAAGGCUCUAACUACUGGAGGUUUGAUAACCGCAAGUCAGAAGCAGAGAAAGGCUACCCUCGCUCAAUCCUGAAGGAUUUCAUGGGCUGUGUGGUGGCCCCUGACCCAAAGCUCGACACAGACACCAAGCAGGAACCAGAACACAAACCAGUGGACCCUUCAGAUCGAGGCAGAGAUGAGCACGAAGAGCCGGACCAAGAGGACAACGUGGUCGUGACGGUGGCCGACAAUGAAUCAAAGGUCAUGACCCUGAUCAUGGUGAUUGUUCCUCUGCUCCUCAUCCUGUGCAUCCUGGUUCUUAUCUACGCCAUCCUCAGGAGUCUACAGAAAAAGGAAACGCCGCGGGCCUUGGUGCACUGCAAGCGUUCGUUGCAGAACUGGGUGUGAGGCACAUACUUUGAAGCGAUAAAGCCGGUUUUCAUCACUUUACUUCUACAGCCGUUGGUGUCAGAGUUUGUACUUAUGGCAGAGUGGAAAGAAGCUUUGACGCAAGUUUAGGAAAGCCACACAUGAGUCACCGUUUGGUCCCCAUUCAUUGUGAGAACUUUUAUUGCUCAUGUGAAAUAAUGCGAACGUGGUAAAAUCGGUGCCUGUGGACCUACAGUGUACGUUUCUUCAAGUGUUUCUCCUGUGCCUCCCUUUGUGCCUUCUAAAUGUCGGAAAAAUAACCUCUAUUUCUUAAAGGAAAAAAUGACAGAUGACACACUUUUUUUUAUCAAUUAUUUUUGUACAGAGAAGGGGCCGAAGAUUUCCUUGUAGUAUAAAUGCAGACAAAGUCGAUAAUGCACAUACAUCACACCACACAGAAGCACACAUACUGUACAUACAUACACACAUGAGUGCGUAUAGCUAUACACAUACAUGCAGGACUUCCAUUAGCUUGACUACGGUGCCUCCACCAAUCUUUUUUCUUUGUUUAGAACAGAUCAUUUGCACUUUUCCAUUUAUUGUUGUUUUUUUGCCAAAAUAGCUCCACAGAUGUGUGUAUGUGUGUGUUCGUUCAUGUAGGAAUGUCAGACAGCUGUGUGCGUCCCUCUCCCACCAAGCCAUUUAUUUAUACCCCGUCUCACACACUCACAGGAUCUCCAAAAAACCCUAACUGCACUCAUUUGUGCAUGCAUGUCAAGAUAAGCACACACACAUUGACAUAGAGACUACUUACCCAAACAAAGGCACAUAUAGCUUUUUGCACACAGACACCAGGGCUCCAGCCUCCCCUCCUCCCACCACAGCCACGAUAACUGUUUCGACUACACCACUAAAACACAAUCCCCAGUGGAGACAUAUUGAUAUACGACUGUUGCCAGGGCUUGGAUGAAAUGCAAGAGGUGGAGGGAUGUAUUCAGAGUUAAUAAGAAACAUUUAAAUGUUUGUUUUCUACAAAUUCUCUCCAACUCAGCUUGGCCUGUGUGGAGUAAAACCAUAGCAGCAUUGUCCCUCUUUUUUUUUAAUCUCCUCUUCUUCUUCAUCAUUUCAUGCUAAAGCUAAAUAGAUUUAAAGCUAAUUAAGUGUACACAGGAGAAGCCUGCAGGCUAGAGAGGAAUGGGUCAGGGUCUGGUUUCCAUUAAGCCCACAUGCUGCUGAUUUAGUAUCAGGCAUGAGGAGGAGGAGGGAGAGAGGGGAGUUGGGGAAAAUACAGAAAAGAGGUAUAAAAAAUAGAAGUGGCGAGUAAAAGGAAAUGAGAGAGAAUGAGAUGACGAGGGAAAGAAAGAUGGGGGGGGGGGGGGGUCUGCCAGAGUUUCCUUGCCAGUUUUUCUCUGGGAAAGGAGGAGCGAUGGAAAGAGGGAGGAAGGAUCUCGGGGAGGGGCAGCGCUGGCGUUGCGCCUCCUGACUUAGAACAAAGUCCACUCCUCUUUUUCUAGUCUUCUUGUUUUUGCUCUGUUGUCCUGAGCGUGAGAUGACUCCCCCCUCCUUACUCAUCCAUCCUUGUCUCUUCUCUCUUUUGUUUCUUGUCAUUCUUAAAUUUUCUCUGUUUAACUGGUUUUAUUCCUGUACUUUACACCACUUAUGCUCCCAGAUAUAUUCAUUUUCUUCUGCGCUCUUCUGGAAAGUUAGCUCAAGCAUUUAAGGUACUUACUGCACAUAAACAUCUGCAGGAAGAGAGUCUAGCACUAUCGCUCUGUCUUUGUUUACCUUGCUCUUCUUUUUGUGUGUAAAGCCACUAUUUAGUUGGUAAAAUCAUUAAUCUUUUUUAAUAUGUUUUGUUCCUAUGUGCCUAGAUUUAGUUUUUGCCUGUCAUUUCUUUGUGCCUUUUUCUGUGAAUAUUUGGGGACCUUUUUUUCACUAUACAUAGCAUGGGGGAACGUUUUUAGAAGUGUUUUUUACUCUAAUUAUCAUUUGUAGUUUUGUACAUUUUUGUUUCAGAUUUUCUGUAAGAACAGCAAUAGUUUAUUACAAUAAUGUUGAUGCAUGCGGGGCAUGUUCUGAAAGGCCUGUGCACUCCUGUGUAGAGUAUGUUAAAAAUUUCACAAUAAAACAUACAGCUAAAAGCAA